AUGACAAACACCUCCAUUCCUAUUCCCGAGCACAAUUCCGUUAUUUUAGAAUCCAUCAAGAAAUGGUUUUAUGAAAUACCGUUUGCCACGAGAUGUAUUUUUGUGGUAUUGACAGUUGUAUUUUUCUGUUUACAAUGUGUUUUUAAUUGGCCUGAAAUUGAUCAUGUUUGUUUGAGUUAUUUGGAUAUCAUGGAAAAUACAUACUCGGGUGCUUUUCGGAUUGUUUUGUAUGCUCUAUUUCAUGCCAAUUUGAUGCAUUAUUUAUUUAAUAUUAUGGCUCAACUCUCUUUGAGUAGUUUAUUGGAGACUCAUCGUUUUAAAAGUUCAAUCAAACUUGUGGCAUGUACAUGUAUUUCAAUUGUAUUGGCGUCUGUAUUACAACUUGUCAUUACAUUCAUGAUGGAUGCAAUUUCAUUGCACAUCUUUGGUUUUAAUUUGACAAGCGGUAAAUUUGUGAAUGGACGUGGAGCUAACACUUCUUCCAUGUUGAGCGAUUUUUCAAUGAUCCAUGAAUGCUCGAUUGGAUUUUCUGGUGUAAUAUUUACCUAUCUCACUAUUCUAUCUAUGGAUGGAUUUCAAUCAACUCAAUCACUCUUUGGACUUGUAAAUGUACCAUCAAAGCUUUAUCCAUGGAUUUUAUUAUUAGUGACAGAGUUACUCAUUUCAAACGCCUCAUUUGUUGGACAUUUGUUUGGAAUUAUAAUUGGAUAUGUUUAUGUGUUUGUUUUUGAAAGAAAUACGUUCAUAUCGCAGCACUAUGAAAAUUUUCUUGGCAGAAUUGAGGAUAUAAUCAUUCCUUCUGUUGUAAUCAAUUUGGAUUGCUAUUGGUCAAAUUCUCAGCACAAACAAAAUGCACCACCUUUGAAUAGUAAUGGAUCAAUUUUCGCUCACAUGAUGGAAACUGGUCAAAUGUCUUCUUCUGCAAGACACAGUAAUGGUGAUGAUUAUUGGGAGCGAUUUACAUCAACUGGAAGAUCACUUGGCUACAAUUAA